AUGGACAGAACUCCUGACGCUGACUCCUGCGCACGGCUCAAAUGUAUUGCAGACCUCAGAGACGACAAGAAUUCCGUCCAGUCAAUCACUGCGUUGAGAAUCUAUAAGAUCAGUGUGACCCAUAAGCUGUUGUUUAAGCAAGCCUCCAUGUUGCUGUUAGACCCAAGCCCACACCUGGAGAUGGCUAGAGGCCAUGUCAUCAAUGCUACAGGACAGGUCACCCGUUUCCACGGAUACCUGAUGCUGGAGUUUCAAGAUGAGUUUGACUGUCUGUACGGGUCGUUUCUGUGUGAGCUCAACUUUAUCAACACCAGCGGUGAGCUGGUGGUGGUCAAGGAAGUGGUCACUCCUGAAGGAGAAAAGCUAGGUGAUGUAGUAUUUGAAUGCAGUGCUCAGAAUUACGUCUGUAAUUCUGUUCUUCUCUCAAAAAUGGCAGCCACAAUAGAGACCCACUCAGUCGACGUGGCCAAGGAUCACAGUCUCUUCAGCAACCAGACGAGGAGUAUUGAAGCCAAGUUAGAUAGUCUUCUCUUGCGUCUGCAGACCCUGGAAGAGCUUCACAACGAUUGCUACAAGGGAAUGUCAAAGAAAGUGGCCAGGCUGAAGAUCCUCCUGUGGAAUAACGUGGAGGCCCUGUGUGAGGCACACACUGAUGGCGGCGGAUGGAUCAUCUUUCAGCGACGUACAAAAGGAGACGUGAGCUUCUCUAGGAAUUGGACCGACUACACGACGGGCUUUGGGACCUCGGACGCUGACUACUGGCUGGGCAAUGACCUCAUCCAUAAUCUCACGUCCAUAGGAUAUAACGAACUCCGGGUAGAUCUGAAGAAAGGGCUGAGAACGUACUUUGCUUGCUACUCAAACUUCAGCGUGGCAGACGCGACCUUGAACUACCAGCUUACAGUCAGCGGGUAUAGUGGAACGGCGGGUGACGCUUUAAUUCCGCACAACCUAAUGUAUUUUUCAACUUCUGACAAGGACAACGACAAACAUGGAACAAACUGUGCUAGUUACUUUGCUGGAGGAUGGUGGUACAGUGGCUGCUAUCAAUCCCACUUGAAUGGUCUGUUUGGUGCGCAAAAUACCAGUGGUAUCAACUGGCAGCCUCUACUCAUGAAAACAUCAGCCGAUUUCACAGAGAUGAAAAUCAGACAGGGGUAG